AUGGUAGACGAUGGGUGGCUGGCCCUUAUGGCAGAGGCAUCAUCUGGCGUCAAGUUCUCAAAAUUUUCUGACUAUGUGCUGGAUACAUAUGUCGGCGACAAAGCCAAGUUUCCUCCAGAACUGUGGUCUCGAGCCCCUCACUCAGACCCGCGCACCACUAACAGUGCAGAGGGGUUUCACAGACACUUCAACUCACAAUUCACAGGAAGCCACCCCAAUGAGGAUGGCGACUGAAACUUUCGGCCGCCAGGAUCGCUAGUGGCACUGGUCCCCUAGCGCGCCGCCGGCCGGGCGGAGCGUGUGUGAGCAUAAACUAAAAUUGCAUUCUUGAGUACUUAACUCAAAGUACAUCGACCAUUACAUCAAAAUAAAGGCGAAAGCGUGAGGAUUACAACGGUAUAGUUCCUUAUGUGAUUGAAGGCCUUGUACUCGAUCAGGGCCGUUUGGCAAAAUGGGCUGUUUUUCUAAAUCAC